CGCCGUCGCCGAUCGUCACAAGGUGGACGUUUACAUGAGCGCGACUAAAACUUUCACUUUCGUAAACAAACGUAAACAAACUGAACUGUUACGUGCGAAACUUAACACUUGACAAUAGUGCGUAAUCUCCGACGUUUUUGUAUUUAAUUUGAGGUCGUUUUGAAUUCGUGAAAGUGAUAAUUUUAGUAAUUACCAUCCUACGUUUGCGGUGUUUUCCGCGACGGUCAUUUGAAAAUAUCUCCGACGGAUGACAGUGGACGCGAGGUGUGAUUUCAUUCAGUUUCUGCGGAAUUUAUUCGUGAUAUUUUUUUGUGGACGUUCGUUUAUGUUUUGUGUUCUUUGUUAAGCGAUAUGGGCAAAGACUACGGGGAGCCGAUACGAUACGACCCCGACUUCAACGGGCCGAUCCACAACCGCUCCUGCACGGACAUCCUAUGGCUGAUCAUCUUCAUCCUCUUCCUCGGAGCAUGGGGCUACGUGGGAUACUACAGUAUGACGAGAGGAAGCGUCGAUAAGCUCUUAGCGCCCAUUGAUUCAAAAGGACGGCGGUGUGGACUGGACUCUGGUCUUGAGGACAAGAAGUAUCUACUAUUUUUCAACAUCGCUAAGUGCUUGUCACCUGGAACUCCUAUAACCGGUUGUCCUACAACACAAGUGUGUGUACCACAAUGCCCGGAUCGAACGAUACUGUUCACGAAGGAGUUGGAACAGAAUCCCAGUUCGUUCGAACAACUGAAACCGAGAAUGGUGUGCACCGAAGACGUGAACACCCAGAGCAUGACACUCGCCCAAGCUAAGCAAUACAUUCAGGAUGAAAAGUGCGCCAGCUUCGUGUUAGAGAGCCAACCAGUGUUGUACCGCUGCAUCGGGGACCUUUCGACCCUGCCAUGCAAAGACACGGACCCACGGAGCAGAGAUGGGGAGACCUGCGUACGCAAUCCUAAAGACGCACAGAAAUCGUUGUUCAAUCGCGCGACAGCGCUCGACUCCUACGUGGGGUGGAUAGCAGCGAGCUGGGUCACAUUCUUCACGAGGAAUGAACGAGAGACUCACGUCUUGUCGUCGCAAAUAGUCCAAGACCUGGUCCAGUCGCGCUGGUACAUGGCGGGCGCGCUAGUGGGGGUGGUGGUGUUGUGCUUUAUCUACAUCCUGCUGCUGCGGUGGGUCAUCACGCCCGUCGUGUGGCUGUCUAUCGCCGGACUGUUCGCUCUCAUGGGGUUUGCUCUCUACUUGUGUUAUAAGAACUACGAGUACUACAAAGCGAACCCCGUCGGUCUGUACCAAACAACUAACUUGAAGGGAUACGCGCAGUCCAUCUUCGCCAAACACGAAACCUGGCUAGCCAUUCUCAUUGCGUUGGCUGUGGUGUUUGUAAUAUUAUUACUGGUAGUAAUAUUCCUGCGAAGUCGGAUAACUAUUGCUAUAGCACUCAUCCGUGAAGGAAGCAAAGCCGUUACCGCCAUCAAAUCCACAAUAUUGUUUCCAAUAUUCCCGUGGAUCUUCCAAUGCGCUGUCAUUGCUUAUGGAGUACUGGUCCUGAUGUUCUUGUUGUCCAUCGGCGAUUCGGCGUUCCGCGUUGUGAACAUGCGGAACGAUACAGAUUGUGACUGCGGCGGCCUGUAUAAGGAGGAAGGGGACUCGUGCGAUCCAAUAAAAUUCUUUCAGAAAUGUCAUGAUACCAGUUCUGUUGGUACGAUUUUGCCGUGCCGAUUGGCUUCCUGUCACUUCACCGGGAUCGAAAAUCAAAAUAACGUAAUCUAUAUGCACCUGGUCAACUUGUUAGGCUUUUUCUGGGCGAUGUUUUUCAUUAGUGGAGUGGCGGACAUGAUGUUGGCGAGUACAUUUUCCACUUGGUAUUGGACUUUCCACAAGAAUGAUUUGCCCUUCUUCACUCUUACAUCAGGAAUUUAUAGAACGCUCCGCUACCACUUGGGUACUGUGGCCUUCGGAGCGUUAAUAAUUGCAAUAGUCAGAGUUAUUCGAGUCAUCCUGGAGUACAUCGACCACAAAGUCAAGAAGUUCGACAAUCCGUUUACGAGAUGCAUAUUGUGUUGCUGCAAAUGCUUUUUCUGGUGCUUGGAGAGUUUCCUGAAGUUCAUAAAUAAAAACGCGUACAUAAUGUGCGCUGUGCACGGGAAGAACUUCUGCAGGAGCGCUAAUGACGCGUUUUCUUUGGUCAUGAGGAAUAUUCUUCGAGUCGUCGUAUUGGACAAGGUGGCAGACUUCAUAUUCUUCCUCUCGAAAGUGUUGAUCUCCGUGGGAGUAGGUUUCGCCGUGUACUACCUCCUCGAGUGGAACUACGUGUACGAGGUGACGAAGGGCGAGCGCCUGCACUACAACUACGUGCCCGCGGUCAUCCUGAGCGUCGCCACUUACCUCAUCUGCACCAUAUUCUUCAACGUCUACUCGAUGGCUGUGGAUACACUGUUCCUAUGUUUCUUGGAAGACUGCGAGAGAAAUGACGGCUCGCCGGAGAAACCGUAUUUCAUGUCGAAGAACUUAAUGAAAAUCCUCGGCAAGAGAAACAAAAAAAUAACGUAAAUUCAAUAAAAACUGCCAAAGAGAUAGUUUUAAGGAAGUCAGUUUACAGUAAUGAAGGUGUUGUGACAAAUUGUUCAAUUCAUUUAUGAUGUUUGAUAUUGUAGUGUUUUUAAUAACUUUUUACGAGUAACAAUAAUAAUUAUAAUCGAUCGACGUAUAGACUCCGGCAAGUAAGUUGAACCAAAAUGACAGCUGUCUGCACAGGUACUUAUAAUCAAAUGUGUUAGAACCGUGCUCCGUGGUUGCUCUGUAUAAUAAAAAUGCCAAAUAUGUAAUUCACAAUUUCAUACACUGUAACAUUUUUUUUGGAGGUUCGAGUCUCAAUGGAGACGCCCUUAGAGAGUCAUUUCGCCCAUCUACUCUGCUUCGGCCUUAGGGCCUUCGGGCCUCACUAAGCGAUGCCUCUAUGUUCGCCCAAACCCCCUGAUGACGCCGCUGAGGUCCCAAUAAGGAGCCUAUGGCACUUACACACAAAAAACAACAAAAACGUGUUGCUAUGGUUAUGUGACAUCUCUUACCGUACGUCACUAACACCCAAAAAUUUAUUACUACGCAUAGUUCAACUUACAGGCCGCUUACUAUAUUAAUUACUAUAGAGUUACUUAUAGACUAUAGUUAUAUAUUCAAUUCGGUGACAUGCAAAACGUCAUAUAGAAUUACACCUACCUACUUAGUCUGUGAUUUAAAAUAAAGAUAUAGAGAAAAAACAUCUGCGUCUCGGGACGCUCGAUAGAAGUGAUAACUAAAUCUGCUGCCAUAUGCGUGAGAAAAAGGGAAGCCAGACAGAGUAACGCGUUACGUUACGAAGCGGUUUUGCCCUCCCAUAUAAAGUUAUCACUCCAAAAAUAAUGAAGAAUUAAUAAUAAUGUUUUGAAUACUAAAAGAGGCUAUUUAACACAGAAAAAAUAAUGUGGGACACAGAAAUUUACAUAAAUCCAACAGAAUAUGGAGAUUCGAAUGUUCUAAAUGUUGCCAUUAUCCCCAUAAUAAAGUGUAACCUUGUGUUAUCGUCCAUAUUCUGUGGUUUUACCAGCCAGUGUGUGUGUGUGUACCCUUAAUAAAAAAUUAAGGUGCAUCCACACAGCCCAGCGGCUUUAUUACAAGAAAACGUAAAUUGUAUUACGACUACCGCAUGGUCUGUGAGGAUCCACCUUUAUGUUGCAAAUAAACAAAAGCAAAGCCAAAUAAUUUAUAUAGAUUUUAGUCAUAAACAGGUUACGAUAAUAAUAAAUACUUAUGAGAGUUUUUGAAGUAAUUUAUUCGUAAGUUGUGAUGUUUGUAUUCAUGUAUUUUUUAAGAUUUUAUUGUGGGUGAUGAUAUGAUUGUUAAUGAUAUUUAUUUUACGUGUGCCAAGGAAGUACCUACUGAGAGAAAAUAUUAUCUCAUUUUCUAAGUAUUAUACAAUUACAUACCUAUCUUUAUAUAUUUAUUUUCUGAUUAGGUAUACGUUGUCAUUUAUGACUGCACCUACCUACUUAAUUGUAUUUUAUUCAAUAAAAUUUUCAAUUUUUA